AUGAAGAAACGUGAAGGAGGUCAUUGUCCAACAACGACGACGACGAAGACAACAAAUCUGAUGAAUGUCAACGUACAACCUGUUGUCAUUUCUUCUCUGUUCUUGUUUGUAAUCCUCUUCGCUACCAUUCCAAGAAUCAUCACAGCCACCCACGAACCAAACAAUGAAAUUAUCUUGACAGACAACAACAACAACAACAAUACCACUCAGACGGACAUCACCACACAAUUAAUCGAGUAUACUCUUGAUGUCAAUAUUUCCACAGUGAUUCCAACAUUUUCAUUUGCCAAUUAUUCCAUGAAUGAUACUCAUUGGAGAGAAAAUUCAACAUUACCCGAUGGUCGUAGUGGAAGUGGUAGUGGAAGCGGUAAUGGUAUUGUGGAACCACUUGCCUCUACCUCGUGUUACUGUGGUUAUUGUUCCUGUAAUGGCAAUACAUGUCCUUUGCCGGUGUAUUACUUUACUCAAUUGGUUGGAACGAAUUGUCCCAGUAAUAAGAUUCCCACGAUUGGUUACUUGUCGAUUGAUUCUACAAGUACUAGUGAUGGAUUCAAGUAUUAUAUUGUUGAUGAGGCGAACAGACAUUUGGCUAUUGGUAGACAACCAUUUAGCUACUUGACCAUUACAAAAUCCAUGCCAUCGAGUAGUGGUGUCACUUGUGCCCAUGACAGCAGUCAAACCAUGAGAAUUCCAAUGCAAGGUAUCUAUGUCGUGGCAGAAUCUACCAAUUGGAUAUUCAAUACGAAUCUUCGUUAUUAUAUUGAUGUUGGUUGUGCUGUACCACCUUAUAGUGUUAUUAAUACUCAAUUUGUGUAUUCUGGUCAAAGAGUUUAUCAACACACAGAGGUCAAAGUGAGUGUUAAAUUUUUCACAGUUUACAAUGAUAUUGACACCUGGCAACAAGGUACCGUGACCAACUUGGAAAAUGCCUUCUCUUUCAAUGUUGCCAAUGGUGAGGGAUAUCAAACAUUCUUCCCUUCUACAUUGGGAUCUGCUACCUACAAUCUCAGAUAUAAUCCAAAUAACGUUUUUGGUGCCUACGCACAAAACUUUGGUCCAUAUACACCUUUCACAGUUUACAAAAUUGCUACAAGAGCUCAACUCUUUCCUAAAGGUUCCUCCACUCUUCAAGUCAAUUUACCACUCACUACUAAUUUCCAAGUAGAUUAUGAAAUAUUUGAUAAUGACAAUACCAUCACACCAGAAAUUCAACCAAAUAAGAUUUAUGUGUUAUUUUACAAUAACAACAUGCAACUGAUUUCUUCCAAUGAUAUGAGUUGUGCAACACCUUCUAGCACGUAUGGUAUUGGAACAUUGAAUUGUCAAUUGAGUGGAUCUGCUGUUUUUGCUGGAAGAGUGAAUAUGAUGGUUUAUUAUUUGGGAAGAAGUGAACAAAUUGGAAGCACACCAUUGGAUAUUGUUGUAAAAUGUAAUGGAACACUGAGUAAUAACCCAGCAGUUUGUAAUGGAAAUGGAGUUUGUUCUCAAUUCGAUGUUUGUGUUUGCUCAAGCAAUUAUGGUGGUCGUUUUUGUGAAAUUCCAAAGUGUGCUGGAAUGUUAUCAACCAAUCCUCAAGUUUGCAGUGGUCAUGGAACAUGUAUUGGAAAAUCAGUGGGUUGUGUGUGCCAUGAAAAUUGGGGAGGAUUAAAUUGUGAGAUACCAAAAUGUAAUGGAACUCUUUCCUCAGAUCCAACCGUUUGUAACUCUAGAGGAAGUUGUCAUGGUGUUGAUUUGUGUCAAUGCAUGACCUCAUGGGUUGGUCAAUUCUGUGAUAUUCCUAUUUGUAACGGAACUUUGGCUACAGAUCCAUCCGUAUGUAAUGCUAGAGGAAGUUGUGAAAAUGUAGAUACAUGUCAAUGUAUACCAUCAUGGACUGGUCCAUUCUGUGAAAUUCCAAAAUGUAAUGGAACGUUAGCUACAGAUCCUUCCGUCUGUAAUGGAAAGGGUGCAUGUACAAGCGCUGAGCAAUGUGAAUGUGUCAAUUACGGUGGUCAAUAUUGUGAUAUUCAAAUGUGUGGCGGAAUUCUAGCAACAGAUCCACAUGUAUGCACAGGAAGAGGUCAAUGUUUAGAUGUGAACACUUGUCAAUGUGAUCCUGGAUAUAUUGGAGACAAUUGUCAAAAACUAGAAUGUACAUUCAAUCAAGAAAAUGUGGAUGGAAAUGUUGUUUCAAUCCAUGCUCCAACUCCAACCAUUAUUUCCACAUCAACUUUGGAUGGUAUUUACUUUUCUGUUAGUUUUUCUCAUGACCAAACGGUUCCAUAUCAACAUUUAAUGUUCAUUGGAAAUUCUCACUUCUCACUGUCCAAUUGCUCUGUGAGUGGUGAUCAUUCGCUAACCUUAACUUCCAUUCCUAAAACAAGAACAAUGUGUUUGGCACAUUAUAACACCACGUAUUUGAAGUUGAGUGAAAUUAUUGCACAUCCACUCGUAACAAAACAACACAUGUUGGAUGAGGAACAAAAUGAAAUUCUCAAACUCACCAUGCCACUCACAUUGCAAUAUUUUGAUGCUACAGGUCAAGCCAAAGAUGGAAUUUGUUCUUCUUUUGAAUUCAAAACAACUGAGACCAUUUAUGUGAAAACUACUUCCUUAAUUGAUAAUCAAUUUUUAGAGUAUUCUCCAUUGCAUCCCUAUUCUGCUGUUCUCUAUUCUUCACAGACCACCACUAUUGAAGGUGUUUUAAAUGUGAAUUUUAUAUUGGUGACUACUAAUUUGACUCUCAAGUAA